AUGAGAUAACAUUUAAUUAAUAAUAUCUAUGAUUGUGAUGGAAGCGUCGCUUUUUUAUAGAUUUGCUUUUAUUCUGUUUCAAUUGACAAAAUAAAACUAUUUUGCUAUUAUUAUGUUAGUCAGCAUACUUUGAUAUUUAUUUUUGAAACAAUUUUCUAGUUUGAAAUAUCAAUAUCAAGCUCAAAAAACUGUGGUCUCAUUAAAUAUUGA